CUCAAUGAUGUCUCUUACACACUUGCUAGUAUUGCUCCUUGGAGUGGUGGUUCUCACCACUCCCUCCUUUGGAACCUACGAGUCACCCAACUAUGGGAAACCACCUACUCCUGUCCACAAACCUCCGGAGGUGAAGCCACCACCAAUUUACGAACCUCCAAAGAAACCGGAACCUAAGCCACCCAAGCCCCCUGUCUAUGAACCUCCAAAGAAAGAGAAGCCAGAGCCUAAACCACCUAAGCCACCAGUUUUUGAACCUCCAAAGAAGGAAAAGCCAGAACCUAAGCCACCCAAGCCACCAGUCUAUGAGCCUCCUAAGAAGAAAAAGCCAGAACCAAAGCCACCUAAGCCUCCAGUUUAUGAGCCUCCAAAGAAAGAGCAGCCAGAACCCAAGCCACCGGUGUAUGAACCUCCAAAGAAGCCUCCAGUGCUUGAACCUAAGCCACCAAAGCCACCAGUUUAUGGACCCCCAAAGAAAGAGAAACCAGAACCCAAACCACCGGUGUAUGAACCUCCAAAGAAGCCUCCAGUGUUUGAACCUAAGCCAACAAAGCCACCAGUUUAUGAACCGCCAAAGAAAGAGAAACCAGAACCGAAACCACCAGUAUAUGAACCUCCAAAGAAGCCACCAGUAUAUGAACCUAAGCCACCUAAGCCACCAAAGCCACCGGUUUAUGCACCUCCAAAGAAAGAAAAGCCAGAACCCAAGCCCCCAGUCUAUGAACCUCCAAAGAAGCCGCCGGUAUAUGAACCUCCCAAGAAACCACCAGUAUAUGAGCCACCUUAUGGUCACUAUCCAGGACACCCUCCAUUGGAGAAGCCCCCGUCACCUAGUCAUCCGAACAACUAAACUACUAUGCCUAUAUAAAUAGAUCACUACCUACAAAUAAGAGCUGCUGUCAACUCGUAUUCUAUUUUCUUGUAUGCGAUAUGGUGUUUUCUUUUUUGUCAUGUUUUAUGAGAGACCACUAUCGAGAAUGCUCAUAUCAGCACUCUUUGAAAUGUCUAUUCUAUAUCUUCUUGUUGCUCAACGAGCAUUUUCUGGUUCAACUUAUAUACAAAAUGCCAAUUGGAGAAGCAUUUAUCACAGAUUAAAUUUCUUGUAUUCUCAUGCAUGUGCAGCCUUUUUGGCCAUCCAAAAUAGCUCCAGAACUCAACUUUUCUUAUGUUUUCAAUACGUGCAUGGAGAAAAUGGUGGUAGAUAUGUUGGUCUAAGAUAACAAAAGUAAAUUUGAGGCAAUGAUGACGGUUGCAAUGACCAAUGUUCUAGCAUUUGUCAUAUAUAUGAACUAGAAAGGAAAAGAAAGCCAUCAUCUUAAGAAAAUUGGCUAGAAAACUAUGCAAUUUCAUUUCUAUCAAUGUUUUUCAAUAUUGCUUAAAUCUGACUAAUUUCGCUCUCCUUUAAAUUUUGCCAUCAACCAGUAAAAGAAAGAGAACAGGGGUGUAUUUGACUCUGGCUUGUCUUGACUACCAAAUUAU